CAAGUUGAGAAGCCAAGAACACAUGUACAGCUAGCUAAAGACUUUAUAACUAAGUACAGCUAGCCUUUGCAUAUUUCAACUUGUGUAAUGUAAAUUCAAGACUCAUUCAUGGCUUCCACGUUAGAGCAAUCUCCCUACACUAUUUCUCAACGAGGAGACGAAACUGAGUUCAAUUUAAGAGAGUGGGCAUUCAAGGCUCAAACCAGCCGUGAAAACACGAGAUUAAGAAGGUUUUCAGGAUCAUAUAUCAGAAGUUUUAGAGAAGAUGCGAGGUCUUUUAGAUCAAACAUUACCAUUUCCAGCACUGCCUCAUCUCCUGGCUACUCCUUAAGAGAAGAGAUUGACCCUUCAACAUACUCAUUCACCACUGCUCUUAAAGCAUUGCAGGCAAGGUCAGGGUAUUAUAACAAAUGGGAAUGCUUGUUACCAGGUGGAUUUGCUUUAAAUCCCAAAUGGAACGAAGCAGAGAAGUAUAUAUGUAAUCCACUUUCAGGAGAGGUUCCAAUGGAGUGUUUAUCAGCUAAAACACUAAGUGGAAGAUCGUUAUGGAACUUAACAAACAGAAUUACAAUGUCUGCACCUCUUGUUUACUCUAAUCAUUCGCGGCAAAUCCAUACAAAGACUACUACUAUUGCUACACAUGAUGAUAUUGUUAAUCAUUUUCCAAUUAAAGAAAAUACAAUGGAGGGCUUGUUGAGUACUAGAGAUGUUGGGACUCAAAGUACUCCUCCUGACCUUAGUUCUUCAUCAAGCAGUCCUAGUCCAGCUUCAACGCCUUCGAUUACAGAGAGAAAGAGAUGUGAAAUACAAGGUGGAGAUUCGCCUAAUUGUAAUUCAAAGUUGAAAGCUGAAGAACAGAUGCAGGUCCAGGUGAGAGGAACAAGAGGGGAAGGAGAAACGACGAAAAGAGAGAGUAACAAAGAGGAAAAGCAGGAAAAAAACGAUGAGCAAGUGUGGAGGUGCAGCAUCGGCAAGCAAGGUGGAUGCUUGUCAUGGAUGAGAAAAAGGCACAGGGAGAAGAGCAAACCAAGAAAGAAGAAUAUUUUCUUUUUAAACUUGAAGGGCGCUAAAAAGGAGAGCUAGAGAUGGUAAAAUAGUAUAUUGGAUUGAAGGGGUUUCAAGAUUCUCUCUUUGAAGAGAUUUUGUACGUGGGAGGUGGGAUUAAUUGACGGCAACCAUGAAUGGACAGAGAUGAACGACAGUGUCCUACGUUGUUUGUGUUUUUUUCCAUGAGUCUUUUGUUGUAGUUAGUGAUGUGAUGUUUUGUUCCUUGUCUCUGAAAAUGGCUGACAGCUUUUGGGUUCA